GGGGCGUGGCUGGGGGCGUGGCUGGGGGCGGUGCGCUCAGAGUCAGCUAGCCGGCCGAGGUCCUGUUGCUGCUCUCGGAAGCCCCGCGCCCGGAAGCCCCCAGGCUCGGUCCCGAGAUGUCUGCCAGCAAGCGGGUGGCGAAGGAGCUGGAGAGUCUCCAGGCAAAGCUUCCCCGGUACCUACGGAACCUGUUCAGCCAUGAUGCCGAUGUCCUGGUGUGGCACGCCCUCCUCCUGCCCGAGAAGCCACCCUACAACCUCAAGGCUUUCCACCUGCGCAUCAACUUCCCUGAGGACUAUCCGUUCAAGCCCCCUACGGUGACAUUCACCACCAGGAUCUACCACCCCAACGUGGGCCACAAUGGAGAGGUUUGCCUGCCCAUCAUCAGCAAGGAGAACUGGAGUCCUUACACCAAGACCUGCCAAGUCUUGGAGGCCCUCAACGUGCUGGUGAACAGACCAGACCUGGGGCAGCCGGUCCGGUUGGAGCUCGCAGACCUACUGAAGCAGGAUCCGGAGCUGUUCCACAGGGAGGCCAGGGAGUUCACCCUCAAGUAUGGAGUCGACCGGCCCUCCUAACUGGUUCUGACCCCUCUCUUUGCCGGAUCCUCUCUGUGUGACGGGCGGACAUUUCAUGGAAGCUGUGGGGGGCUGGGGCGGGGGGGGGUUGCGGCUGGAGCCUCCUCUCAUUUGUUCCAUGUUUUCCUUCUUAAGUAGCUAGUCAUUAGCCUGUGUGUGUGUGUGAGCGUGUGUGUGUGCGUGUGUGUGUGUGUGUGUGUGUGUGUGUGUGUGUGUGUGUGUGGCAUGGACCCAUUCCCACGUUCACCUGGCCACAGUGUGCUUUUCCUGCUCUUUCUCUGCCCCAGAGGCAGACGAGUUCAUGUUUGUGCAAUUACAGGCCAGCUCUCCAGGGCUCCGUGGUCUCACAGACACAGGUCGCCUUCAGGCCAGCUGGCAGGAAAUGAGCCCAGGAGCCGCCUCGCAUCCCCCUAGGGCCCAGGCAGAGGGGCAGAGGGGAUGUGAGGAGUAUGGAGGGGGGGCAGGGCACUUGGAGAGAAUCAUAUUUACACUUGAGUGAUUGUUUAUUGAGUAUUUGAAGUCAGCCAGACUGCUAAUAGGUACUUCAUGUCUAGAUUUAUGCGCGAAACCUUUCCUCUUCCCCUGAUGAAUCAUGAAGUGAAGAAUCUAAUCUCUAUCCAGAAAUCUGA